AUAGCGAUAAAACAUUUUGUGCCAUACUCGGCGUUCAGUGUAGCAUAAACAGUCAAUUGUCUACAUUCAUGACGUUCACUUACAGUAGCCGUGGAAAGCAUGUUCUCAAGUAAAUCAAAAAAGGAACAGCCUAACCCAAAGGGUCUGAGCAGUGCAUUAGUGCCUCAGGAUCCGCGCAUGAAAGUACGCACCGCUAGUGCGCAAUCGGAGACAACAAAUACGACGGAACAAAGUGAGACCAUCUACGAUAAUGAUAGAAAUAAGGUAAUACAACAAACAGUGCGACAAACGGUGACACAUCAGAAAACUGCUCGCGUCAUUGAAACUUCGAUACGACGAACACCGACAAAGGAAGAUUGGGAUGAACUACUCAGUGCGGCUGGUGUAAAUGCAUUUUCUUUCACAAGUGCAACGCCAUUGACUAAAAUGGAAACUACUGUUACGCAAAAAAAUGGACGCACACAGACAUCGUUCGUACAACAACAAGCAGCGAAAUUCCAUCAAACGUGCGCAGCGGGAAAGCCAAAUACAACUACGACGUCCGGUGCGGGACAAGGGGCAAAGAAGAACUCCAGCACCAGUGGUAAACCAAAAACAACUGUCAGCGUUUACACUGACCAGUAUACAGUCAUGCCGUCGCCAUUGACUUUAAGGUCGCCUGCAAUUUCAACAACUAUUAGCAAAGUAAACAGCAGUGCAGUGAGCCCGGCAAGAACUGUCGUUACCUACAAUUCACCCCUAAGUAAACCAAGUAACCAAAUAAGUGGCGGAAUAAAACUUAGUACGACCAAUGUCAUUCCGAGUGCAAGACCAACAACAACGCCCACUUUCCAACUAGGUAAAACUGAGAAAACCACUCCGACUGCUACCACAAAUUAUCAAUAUGUUUCGCCCUAUCGAAAUGGCGCUCGUGGUCCAUUGGCCAACAGCUCCUAUUUGACAUAUGGAAAAUCCCAAUUUAGUCUUCCAACUGCGUAUGCAAAGCAUGGUGUGACCGAUGCGAAUCCGCUGGCAGGAUCACCGAAGCCAUUGUCGUACAGCAUCCGCUCUACACCAUUAUCCACUCCACACGCUACAACUCAGCCAUUGCCUACGACUCAAAUAACACAAAGUUUAAGUGUGGCCGGUCAGAAGUCGAAGUUAAAACCUGGUAUUGCUUAUAUAUUUAAUACGGUUGACUUUGCUGAUAAAGAACGAUUUGAGAAACGUGAUGGCAGCGAUUACGAUGCGAACAUUGUGCGGGAGGCGUUCGAGAAGUACAAAUUAAAAGUGGAUACUAUCAAGAAUCCGACUGUGAAGAAGAUCAAAGAUACUGUGAAGUCAAGUAAGUUUUACAUGCAUACACAUACACGUAUGUAGACAUAUGUACAUAUA